AAGAUUAGGAGUGCCCAACAAGAACAGGCAAUGCAAGCGUUUAGCUCGGUUGCGAUCUUUUGUGAUAGGCAGAGGUCGGGCCGUUUCGACGACUGGGCGGCUCACCUCGAUGCCACGCUAGACUUGGGAAAUUUCGAAGAGGCGCCUAAACUCAGCCUCAUGCGCUCGAAGCUAUAUGGGGAGGCCGCGGAGGAGUUCGAUAACUUCAAAUUGGAUAACCCCAUACGAGCGCAAGAGUAUUCAGCUGUCAAAGAAAGACUGUUUAAGCUAUUCCAUUCUACCGAGACAAGAUCCCAGCGGAGCGUGGAAUUCAACAAUAUGAGGAGAGAACCAGAAGAAAACAUGCGUCGCUAUGCUAACCGCGUCCGGAAAGCAGUCUAUAAGGCUUACCCCAUGGAAGGCGUGUUAGAUGCAGCCACCACCGCGUCGAGGGAGCAAAUGAUGAUGGACAGGUUUAUAGAAGGGCUCGAGCACGACUUGCAGCCGCGGCUAAAACACAAACAGUUCAACUCCUUCGAAGCGUUGAUUGACAAGGCAAAACUUGCCGCAAUGGCUAUUGAAGAAAACCAGACACGCAUACGCAUACACGUGGCAUAUGGCUCACCCAAUGUCCCGAGCAAUCGAAACGAGUUAGCGGGAGUACUCGAGGCCCUUGAAAAACUUAACACCAAGAUCAACAGAACCGUCACCGCACAAACAUCGGAAUUUCAACAGAGCCUCGCAGACAUGAAGAGACAACUAGGCCCCGGCAGCCCGUUCAAGUCGAACGAAUUUUUCGAAAACAAUCUCGCACAACCAGAAGCCUUCAGAAGGGCCCCCGUGUUUAGUGAUUUCCACAACACAUACGAGUUCCAUACGGCGAAAAACUGUUUCACAAAGUACCAACAAAGGAACGACACCUGCACCACCUGUCGGGAAGUGGGUCACCGACACAAUUUCUGCCCCACCAUAAAAAACCCGAGGCCCCCACCACCCUCCGGAACCGUAGUAGUUAACGUUCUCGUCGAGUACGAGAGGCCCCGUGAACCCUUCCGACAAGAGUUCAUUGUCAUACAGGGCAAUGAAGAAUGCGUACUAGGUUUAUACGCUCUUUAUGAACACAAUUUCGUGAUCGACGGUCGUGAACGGCACGUCUAUCGAGUUAAGGAGUCUGAUCAACUCCAAAACGUAGACCAGCCGAUCAUGAUGGCGGCUAGUAGAUUGAGAAUACCUCCAUCAUCUGCAUGCUUGAUGGAGAGCGGGAAAAGUGGCUUCAAGCUAUCUCCUGACACUACCUGUUGCUUCCUCAAAGAUUCGACUACCGGGCUCCGAGUAGACCCCUACGUCUCUACGAAGCCAAAUGAAAGGUUUUUCCAAAUCGCCCUCCUCAAUGAGACCAGUCAUACCAUCGUCCUCCCACGCCACACUACACUGGGGGGACAUUUGUCAUUUAAACCAUGUAUCCACGUGGCAUCCUGCUCCAACCAAUCAAGCAACCUCCCGCUCGAUAUUCUCGAAGCUUCCCUCCCCAACGUCGCAGAAGUUGUCAAGAACAGCUUGCGCAACCUGCUCUGGGCAAAUCAACAUGUCUUCGCCUUCAAAACCAGCGACCUGGGCAACACAGGGCUAGUCAAGCAUGUAAUCGACCCUCAAGGACUGGGCCUCAUCUGCCAGAGACCCUAUAGAGCAUCCCCCCACCAGAAGGAAGCCUCGAAGAAGAUCAUCGAGGAACUACUAGCUAAUAAUAUCAUCCGCCCUUCAAUUUCCCCGUGGGCUGCCCCAAUCGUACUCGAAGAAAUCGGCAAAAGCUGUUUGGUCUACCUGGACGACAUAAUCAUCUUUUCAAAGACCACCGAAGAUCACAUCAAGAACCUUAACAGGAUUUUCGGACUGAUAGACGGAGCUAACCUCAGGUACCUAGGACACAUCAUCUCUGCGGAAGGCGUCGCCCCAGACCCCAGUAAAGUCGACGCUCUGACAAACUACACGAAAUCUCAGGCCGUUAAGGAAUUGCAGUCCUUCCUAUGGUUAGCGUCGUAUUAUCGCCGUUUCAUCAAGGGGUUCUCCACCAUCGCCCACCCUCUGCUGUAA